AAAAGAUAUCUGGCCCCUACACUACACUUUGCCAUUGCCCAGAUAAACCGACAUAACAUCUAUAAUCAAUAACUAAUACACCCACAAAUUAACUGACAAGUAUACAAGUAAGCAUCCAUCAAAAAUAAAAGCAUCUCCCCUUUCAAAUAAUUCUUCUUGAGUAUUUCACAUUAGAUCCCACUUCCCUAACACAACAACAAAAACAGGUUUCAGUACAAGUUAUUUGCUGAGCGGCUCAAUAAAAUUUGUAGCCUAAAUCGAAGUUGGUAAUGAGUCACAAAAAAAUGACUGAAAAACAGACUACCCUUGUCUGUUUGGUAGCUGUGACAGUGUUGUUAUUAAUUCAAGUAGUGGAAUCUGAUAUUGGAGUUAAUUGGGGAACAAUAUCUUUGCACAAGAUGUCACCUUCCACUGUAGUGGAUCUUCUCAAAGACAAUAAAAUACAGAAAGUGAAAUUAUUUGAUGCAGACCCAGAUGUAAUGAAAGGUCUAAUGGGAAGUGGGCUUGAAGUUAUGGUUGGAAUACCAAAUGACAUGUUAGCCCUUAUUAGCUCUUCUAUUGCUGCUUCCGAUUUGUGGGUCUCUCAAAAUGUCUCCAGAUAUAUGGUUAAAGGCGGUGUUAAUAUCAAGUAUGUUGCAGUUGGUAAUGAGCCUUUUCUUACAAGUUAUUCUGGUCAAUAUCAAUCAUACGUCGUCCCUGCUAUGACGAAUUUGCAACAGUCUUUGGCCAAAGCAAAUCUUGCUAGGAAUGUAAAGCUGGUAGUACCAUGCAAUGCCGAUGCGUACGAGUCUUCCCUUCCUUCACAAGGAACCUUCCGACCCGAAUUGACCCAAAUCAUUACCCAGCUUGUCUCAUUUCUGAACUCUUACGGUUCACCAUUUGUGGUAAAUAUUUAUCCAUUCCUCAGCCUAUAUGGAAACUCAGACUUCCCUCAAGAUUAUGCUUUUUUUGAAGGGACAACACAUGCUGUGACCGACGGGCCUAAUGUCUACUCUAACGCGUUUGAUGGAAAUUUGGACACGUUAAUAGCAGCCCUCGCGAAAAUCGGAUACGGUCAAAUGCCUAUAGUUAUAGGAGAGGUAGGUUGGCCUACGGAUGGCGCCAUCGGUGCUAAUCUUACAGCUGCAAGGGUCUUCAACCAAGGCCUUGUGAAACAUGUUCUUAGCAACAAAGGAACUCCUCUUAGGCCAGGGGUUCCCCCUAUGGACGUUUAUCUUUUCAGUCUUUUCGAUGAAGGUGCAAAAAGUGUUCUUCCGGGUAACUUUGAGAGACACUGGGGCAUUUUCUCUUUCGAUGGCCAGUCGAAAUAUCCAUUGAACCUCGGAAAUGGUGCAUUGAAGAACGCAAAGGAUGUUCAGUAUCUGCCGUAUAGGUGGUGUGUUGCAAACCCUUACAAAAAUCUUGCUGAAGCGGCCAACCACUUCAAAAUUGCUUGUAGUUAUGCAGAUUGCACGACGCUUAAUUAUGGAGGAUCAUGUUAUGGAAUUGGAGCAAAGGGUAAUAUGUCAUAUGCAUUCAACAGUUACUAUCAACUGCAAAAGCAGAAUCCGCGGAGCUGUGAUUUUGAUGGGCUCGGGAUGGUUACUUUCUUGAAUCCUUCGAUUGGCGAGUGCAGAUUUCUUGUUGGUGUUAGUGAUCAUACUAAUUCCUCAGGUUUUAGGUUGCAGAACUAUUGGAUCUCAGUGUUGUUGAUUAUUCUUUGGGAUGCUUGGUUAUUCUUGAUGUGAUUGGAGGUUUGGCUUUUUGGUUUGGGGAG